ACACCCAUACACCGCCCCCAUUCAUCCAGCAUUCAUCCAGCAUUCAUCCCCUACAGCAGGCAAUUGGGAUGUCCGAGGACAAGACGAUACCACAACAACGACCACCAGCACAAGACCAAACCCAAAUCCUCGCAGCAGUCGACGGCCAACUCCGCCAAACAAUCGAGAUCAUCCUCGAAACCGGCAUCGCCCUCAAUGACUUCGAAGGCGGUCCUCAUAAUCACAUAUACCAGAAAUUGAAUUCGAUUGUUGAGGAGUAUAAGGAGUUGGAUCGAUUAGCGGAGAAUGUCACGGUUACUGUACCGAGACAAGUCAUCGAAUAUGUUGACGAAGGACGAAAUCCAGACCUCUAUACCCGCCAACACGCAGAUGAAGCACUCAAGAAGAACCAAUACAUGAAAGGAAAGCUAGACACGAUGAAGAGUUUUAGGGAUGUUCUUGCGGAGGAGAUUAAGGGGGCGUAUCCGGAGUUAAGUGGAGAUGUGGAUAAGAUUGUGAGUAAGGGGACGGCGAGGGAGGUGGCAGUGAAGCCUGAAUGGACCUGAAAUGACAAGAGGAGACAACAUGCCACAACGACGAGUAUGAGAAGCGAA